AUGUUGGUGGCGACACUUCUUCUUUUCCUUAUUCCGUCAUGCCUUUCAUAUUGUGAUUUGGAUUGCAAAAGGCUUGAGGAUGACCCCAGUAAGAUGGUUUGGACAGAAAGAGCCACUUACUGUGAGAAUUUGUACCCAGAUUCAACCUGUUACGCACAGUAUGAGGGCCAACCCAACGUCACUGCUGGCGGCUCUGCGGUACGUCCAAGUUUCUGCUUGGGCCCUACUGACGCGAAUGGUGUCACCACGGAGAAUCUAGAUACAAUUGCUUAUUCGAAAAAGUUCUGUGCGAAACGAUGUGGAUAUUGUUGUGUGACGGAGGACCAUACAUGUAAUUGGACCAUCCCAUCUGGAUACACCGCGGAGAUUCAGAAGAUUUGUAAAGAAGUGACUUGGGACAAGUGUCUGAACUCUGUGGAAUACCGACCGAUUUAUGCGAAAUACUGUCCGAAUUACUGUGGAUUUUGUAUGUUCAACGGGUGUGUGGACGCUGUGUCGAGUUGUUCAAAAGAUCCGGCGGUAUGCAGAUCUCCCGCUAUGCUGACAUUCGCUAGUCAGUAUUGUAAGAAGACUUGUGGCUACUGUACGGCUUGUCCGGAUACGAGAACGGAUUGUGCUGAGAUGGUUAGACUGUAUGACUACUGUAACGUGGUGUCGAGGUUACAAAAGAAGACUGAAUGUGCGAAGACUUGUAAUAUGUGUUGA